UGGACAGAGACUUACCAUUCGAGAUCCUCGUACAAUGCCGAUGGCUGUUAGGUAGUUUCUACGAAUAUGCUCAUUAUUUGGACGUGAAAGACCUAGCUGUCUAGGCCUUCCGCCAAAAUGGGUUGCACUUUGAGUGCAGAAGAUAGGGCAGCCCUUGCACGGAGCAGAGCCAUCGAUAAAAACUUGAAAGCGGAGAGUGUUCGCGCGGAAAGAGAAGUGAAGUUGUUGUUACUUGGUAGGUUGAAGUAAGCUUCGUAGAUGUGUGGUUGUUGGUGUUUUUUAUGAGUUUGCUUCGUUUUUGCUCGAGCAGAUGGUUAGACUCUGCUUAUUGAGACUUAAAUGUUUAAUUCGUUAGAAUGUUUUCCCACUUGAGCAUGAAAUUUUUGUCGAACUUUGAGCGUUUGAACUGAGCAAUUUUGCAGACCAAAGCAGACUCUGCGAAGUCUGGAGGCGUGGACCUCUAGCUGAUUUUACCGGCGUUGAUGAGUUUGCAGACCUCUAUGAGCUGUAUUCACUCGUAAGACUCAAUCCAACUGUAUUCUUAUUUCUUACAGGUGCAGGAGAAUCGGGGAAAAGCACUAUAGUAAAGCAAAUGAAGUAUGUGACAUUUGGCGAUUUUCGUAAGCUUGUUUACAACUUGGUUACCCGCUCUGUUUACAAGGCAAAAUCUAAUGUGUUCUUAGCAUAGUUGGUCUUUGGUUUUUCUAUUUCAGAAUCAUCCAUGAUCAUGGUUUUACUGCAGAGGAUUACAGUCAAUAUAAGCCCCUGGUUUUCAGUAAUGCGAUCUACUCUCUACUAAAAAUUAUUCGAGCGAUGGACAAACUGCGGAUAGACUUCGAAACAGACGAGAGACUUGUAAGAAAGAUCAUCGUAAUUUCGCCUGAAUUUUUCUUUGUUGAUUAGUUAUCUUACUUCAUAUAUUCGACUGGAUUAACAGUCGACGGAUUAGUGAACCGUGCAGUCGUUCUGAAUAUUGGCUUUACAUUUGUAGAUGGACGCCAAAAUGGUUUUCGAUGUGGUGGCCAGGGCGGACGAUCAGGAACCGUUCACGCCCGAGUUAACAGCAGCAAUGAAACGGUUGUGGCAAGACGGAGGAAUAAAACAGUGUUUCCGGAGAUCUAGAGAAUAUCAACUGAACGACUCUGCCAGAUAGUAAGUGUAUAUUUUGGCGCCUAGGCCACUUUAUUAUCAACACUGUCCCUUAGAAAUUAACGCAGACGAUAAUCACAAAUCGGGCCAAUUUUCAGUUGUUUUGAUCAUUGCGGUAGACUCUUCUGGGCAUGCUCCAAUCUUGAAACAGUUUCCCCGAAAUGAAGGUGGAAACUUCUCGCCAAAGAGGAGGAAAAAAUUCGACGCAUUUUUUUUGGAGAGAAAAAUAUAUCUUUGUUAUGUGAACGGGCAUUUUCGAAUAUUGCAAGCUUGUGUGAGGUAGACUGUUUGUCAUCAUACGGCUUUCUUGCAAUUUACUAGACCUGCUUAAAGUGACAUCGUUGAUGUAAUAUAUUUACCAAGUAAUAAGGAAGAAAUUGACCUUGCACGAUGACUGUUAAGUUUGUUAGGUACCUUGCAAAUUGUUUGGAUUUUCUCUUGGGUUGUUUAGAAAUAACUUUGGGCGCACGCGAUCAUAAUUACUGCUUAAAUUUGAAAAAUAACUUUUACACCUUUAUCAGUAAACACUAGUAAUUCUUAGGUACAUCUCAAACUUGCGUGAUGUUUACCAAAACCGAUUACCUUUUUUCAGUUAUUUGACAUUAUUCUUAGCUGGUAAAUUCUUCCAAAUAACAUUUUACGAUCUCUUUUGAUUGUUUUGGCUGAUAUUUCCAUGUUUUUGUGGUGUUUUCAGGGAAUUAUUUUUGUGAAGCAUUUUUUUAUAGUACUUGAGUAAUCAAUCUGAACAGAUGUUCCUCUUGAGAAGAAUUAUCCAAAAUCUCCACCGUAAAACUUAUGGUAAAUUUAAUGUCACUGAUUCAAAAAUAGUUGUUUGUCUGGUCUCCAGUGUUUCCCAAUUUUGUUGAAAGGUGUAAAAUCACUCAAAAACACAAAAACAUUUUAUUUUUACCAGUACUAACUUCAAAAACAAACCCCAAUGACAAUUAAUUUGGUGAUUAUUUGGUGUUGUUUUGCAAAACUGUGCUCAAAACCUCCUUCAAGUCAUUCAAAUGUUUUAUCUAAAUGUUGUGUGAAGUGAAAUGUUUUUAAUGCAGUUGAGCACUAAAAGCAAGUGAGUUGGAAGAUUAUGUUCGGUUAGACCAAACUUAAUCUUCCCAUGCAGCUGAUCCCUUCAGACCAAGCAUGACUGAAUGUCAUUGCAGUAAUUUUGAUUUUAAUAUUCCAUGGAUCAAUACAGUAUUGUAUCAAAGUGCAGCUUGCAUUAUAUUGGACCUGUUGUCUGCAGAAGAUCAAACAGCUAUUUUAAAAAAUUCAUUAAGGUAUUGACCAAAGAUCUUCACAGAUUUUAAGCAACCAGCCAAAAAAUGGUCUAAUAGUCUUCCCCUUAGAAGUAAUUGUUUUGUGUUUGUGAUAAAGAGAGACUUGAAAGAAAAUUGUUUUGAACAUUUACAUCAAUUUGUUUCAAGUACUGAGCAUCAAAAUUAUGUUAGCUAAAUUGAGUUUUCUGGACGUAUAACUUGCAUAACCAGUCACCUUUACAUUACUGAAUCCAAUAAUACUGCUAUUUGUUACUUUAGGUCAUUCUUAUUUUUAUGCAUCUUUCAAACAGUGAGUUUUGCAGAUGAAGAAAGAUUUGGCCUUGUGGUUUAUUGUGGAAGGCAUUCAAAUGUAAUUUAUCCAUUUGUUGGACAUGUCCGAGCAAAAGUGCCCUAUUUCUCGGUUAUAAUUAAUUUUUCUUGCUUAGACUUGAUUUUAGAAAGGUUGAGAUUUUAGAUAGGUAAGAUAAAUAUUUUACAGUGAUAUGUUGGCAUUGACUGACUGACAUCAAUAUACCAAUGUUGAUUCGUCAGAUGCAAAUUUUUGUUGAACAAUAUAAAUAUUUCCUUGGUAGUAUGAUUGACAAAAUUUCAUCAUGAAAAAUCCUAGGUCAAUAAAUAGCCAUAUUUGAAAUAGUCCAAAGCAUAAGUAGUUUAAAAGGAAUGGUAUGAUCAAGUCCUCCUCAAAUUUCAAUACAAGUAUUAGUACUGGUCUAGUAUUUAGCAUAUACAUUGGUCAAGAAAUGGAAGAUACCAGAAUCACCAGUAGGAAAUCAUCUGUAAGAAACUGCAAAACAGCACAAUACAAUUAACCAUAACCGUAACCGCAUUGAAUUUUGAUGGAAACCGACCAUCCCAUAUAUGAAAUAAUCUUAGACCCUCUUCUGUUGCAAGCUGGUUUACAGUCAUAUUUCACAGCCUGCUCACAAUACUCCUCAGGGCAUGGUCAACAAUCCAGACAUUAUUUGUAAUGCAUGCUCUCCUGGGAAAAAAAAAUUCCCUGGUUGGUCAUGUAUUUCUUUGAAUAAUGUGUGGUCAGGAGGACCCUUGAUAUGAGAAUCUUGGCCUGUUUGCUCAGUUGAGGCUCAUAAUUGUUGAAUAAAAACCAGAAAAUAAACCAUUGGAUGCCACAUCUGAAAACCUUAUCUUUUUACUAACCAACUACUGCAUAAAAUAAUUUUAAAAGACUACAAGCGUAAGAGACACCAAAUUUGGGGGUAUCAGUAGUGAAGAAAGCAAGCCAAACCAGUUCUGAAUGGCCAAAUUGCAAAAUUAAAAUUCUUAUACCAUAUCCUCUCAGAAGAAGGGCUAGCACUUAAAAUGUCAGCUUAGAAACUCUUUACGGUGGACCACUAACAUUAAAGUUUUGUGACACAAGGAUAAAACCUAAUUUAUCUUCAAAAGCAGAGUGGUGUUUUGGUUGUUUUAGACUGCAUUCUUUCUUUUCUGUAGUUAUUUAGAUGCAAUAGAAAGAAUUGGAGCUGAAAAUUAUGAACCCACGGCACAGGAUCUCUUACGGACGAGGGUAAAAACCACCGGCAUUGUUGAAAUCCAGUUUGAUUUCAAGAGGCUCCAUUUUAAGUAAGUAACAGACCUUUAUAUCUCAUAGAAAGGCUCCAUAUUUUUUCAAACAAUAUUUCUCAAUUUGGUGUAACAUAUUUUCUUGGCUCUUGCUUACAGAUUGUUUGAUGUAGGAGGGCAGAGAUCUGAGCGCAAAAAAUGGAUUCAUUGCUUUGAAGAUGUCACAGCUAUAAUAUACUGUGUUGCAUUGAGUGCAUAUGACUUGACACUGCAGGAAGAUGAAACCACAGUAAGUCUGGCCAGUGUUGAAUUGAUAAAGAGUGUGGGAAAUUGGGCAACCUGUGAUAGUUUUCGAUAGUAGGAUUGUUAAUAGAAAAUGUACAACUGGUAAGUGUAUGAUCUAAACUAAGUGGGUGGCUGAACUGAAUUAUGCUUGCAUCUCGAACAUGGCAUGUUACAAAGUAUGAUACCUUGGAAAAGUUUGAAAUUUAAAACUUUGAGGCAUGAUUUUGAACAUUCUAGGGCAUAUUUGAAUAACUCAUUUUAGCCAGGUCAAAAUUGAACACUACAAAGUUUUAUGUGAAACAUUCUUUUGCAUUAAGGGAAUAUUUAUCACCAGCCCUUUCCCUACAGUUUUUCUUGUCAUAAUAUUGAUGGACUGCUAAUAAUACUGUGUUGUUCUAGCAACUAAUCAUCAAUUUUCUUUCUCUCAGAACCGAAUGGAAGAGAGUUUAAAAUUGUUUGAGUCGAUAGUGAACAACAGAUGGUUUGUUGAAACUUCAGUUAUACUCUUCCUUAACAAAAAGGAUUUAUUUGAAGAAAAAAUUAAUACUUCUCCACUCACAAUAUGUUUUCCAGAUUAUUCAGGUAGGAUUUGUGUUUACAAACAAGAAAAAUUUCACAGAUUUCUGUUGUGAUCAUCAAGUAGUUCCAUGAGUUAACCAUUAAACUCCUUAGAGUGACUAGCAUCUAAUUUCUCCAUACAUUAUCACCCCUGAAUCAAACAUUAAGGUCACAGGAAUAAAGGAAAUGAUCACCAACUAGAGAAGGUCUUGACUGUUGAACAAAUUCUCCAUGUCAGCAUGUGAUGAAAUGUAAAAAGAACAAAAUGGGGAAUAUGUAUAAUGACAUUGGGUGUAAGGGGGGCUUAAUCUUACCAAGGCCUUGAUUUCAGUGUAGAGUGUUAAUGAGCCAAACCUGGUAUCAAACACUCUAUCUUGUCAAGAAUGUGGAACGUUUCUUCUUUUUUUGUUUACAAAUUUAUAUAUUUAUAUUAUAUUCUAUUAUAUAUAGGACUGGAAUAGGAAAUAAUGUUUACACCUGGUGCACAAUCUCUUCAUAGUAUCCCCAUAAAGAAAAUUGAUUUCCCUGCAAACCUAUGAUAGCUUCUCUUUUGGUGUAUAUUCCAUUAUGGGUCUUAAGUGGUCCAUUCCAUUGGACACAACAUACACUAUUUGUGCCUUAUUCCAAUCGUUCCAUGUUGUGAUGAGAAAGGAAAGGUGAUAAAAAGGGUUUGGUUUGAAGAAUUUGGUGUUAGAUCAAGGUAACAACCUGUACCUGAUAAGUUUAAGGAUUCUUAUUACCUGUUUGCUAAGUAGUGUAUGAAUUGAAUAGGAAGAAAUUACAUGAUUAACACUUCCAGGAGUUAAAAGGUUAAUAGUAGAGCAUUACACACCACUGCACCAAGGUCAGGAAACCAUGGAUGUAGUUUCUGAUUUAUUCAAACUACACUUGCUACAUUGUAGAUGUUAACAUUCUUACUCUUUGCUUGUUCUUUGCUUGCAGGGCCAAACACAUAUGAAGCUGGCUGCCUUUACAUUAGGAAACAAUUUGAGGCCAAAAACUUGAACGAUGAAAAAGAAAUAUAUGUUCAUCUUACAUGUGCGACAGACACGGACAAUAUCACUUUUGUAUUUAAUGCAGUUACUGAUACAAUUAUUGCAAAUAACCUCAAAGGAUGUGGAUUAUACUAAACUGAUUAGUAUGGCUGUCAGCUUCUAAAGAAUCAUCACCGCGGGAAAGAUGUUGAGUGUUGGGAUUCAGAGAGGAAUGGUUAUUGUGUGAAUUUUGCUAAGAUGGCAACUGCUGUAACAAGUGCAACUCCUAUUACAUCAGAAAGAGAUUAACCUUCUAUAAACAGAGCAAAUCAUUCACAAGACAACAGGAAAACAGUCAUGUUCCAACCUAGUAGAAGACAAGCAUCUUGCAGGAUGAGAACUACUUUUGCAUCUGGAUUAUAAAAUUAUCUGCAAGGUCGUAUACGUUAUACCACUACUUCUCAUGAUAAUCUACAGUUCGUUUGGGAGAUGAAGUAGAAAACCCUCUUCUAACUGCAUCUUAUUACUGUACUCAAAAUUAAAAGUAUGACUGAAAAUAUUCAUGAA